AUGCUAAUAGUCUGCUACCAGGCUGUGAAAGAGUUCUCCAAGUCCCGGCUGAGAAAACGGGCACAGUCGCAUCUCCUGCGACGGCCACGAGGGCCCCGGCGGCCUAGCGCUGGCUUCAAUUCCCCACUGCACCGAUUUCCGUCUGAAGAUGAUGCCGCGCGGGCGGAGAACCCGCUGUAUCUGAUCAAGGAAGAAAUCGCGAUUAUGAAGAAACUGGAUCAUCACAACCUGGUGUCGUUAAUUGAGGUGCUCGAUGACCCGUCAGAAGAUUCGCUGUAUAUGGUAAUGGAAAUGUGCAAAAAGGGAGUGAUCAUGAAAGUGGGCUUGGAUGACCGGGCCGAUCCAUACGAUGACGAGCAUUGCCGAUGUUGGUUUCGCGACUUGAUUCUCGGCAUUGAGUACCUGCACUCUCAGGGCAUUGUUCAUCGAGAUAUCAAACCGGACAAUUGUCUACUGACGAACGACGACGUGCUCAAGGUGGUCGACUUCGGCGUGUCGGAGAUGUUUGAAAAGAACUCGGACAUGUUCACGGCCAAGUCGGCAGGCUCACCGGCAUUUCUCCCACCGGAACUUUGUGUCGCAAAACAUGGCGAUGUAUCCGGGAAAGCGGCGGAUAUUUGGUCCAUGGGAGUGACUCUGUACUGUAUUCGGUACGGCAGACUGCCGUUUGAGAAAGAGAGCAUCUUUGAGCUGUAUGAGUCGAUCAGGAAUGACCCGGUUGUUUACGAGGAUGAGGCCGAUGAGAGCUUCAAGGAUAUGAUGGAGCAGAUUCUUGAGAAAGAUCCCUCGAAGCGUAUCAAGAUGCGAGACUUGCGGGACCAUCCUUGGGUAACGAAGAACGGAACCGAACCUCUGCUGCCGUGGGAGGAGAACACAGCACAGGUCAUCGAGCCUCCCACCGAGGAGGAAAUGGACUCGGCCAUCACGCGGAACAUGGGUCGACUCAUGACAGUGAUGAAAGCCGUCACGAAUUUCAAACACUUGGUGCACCCGACAAAAGCAGGACCAGUCCUGCAAAGUAUCCUUGGUGGAGACUUUGAUGCUCACUUCGUGGAGCCACCGAUGGAGAUGGAUUCGGAGGAAGAUUUCCCAGCCGUGGGUCUUCAGCCUGAACCGCAUAGAUUGGGGGCAGCACUCCGACAUGCUUUGCCACGGCAUCCUAUGCUGUCUGGCACCGUUGACCAGUCUAGCAUAGAUCAACCGCCAGGGUCUUCCGACUCGACCAGUGUUUCAUCCCGGCCAGAGCACAGUCCCGCAAGCAGCCAAAGACCCAGUGGUGUGUUUGAGCCCGAACGGAGAGACUCAGGGCCGAUGCGCAGCGGCAGACCCUGGGAAGAGAUCCUGCGCGAAAAAAGACCCUCUUCUCAGUCGGCAUCACCACACCCGCCAUUAUCAAGAACCAGCUCGGCGACAACCACGACCAAGCGCAGUCUGGAGGGCACUAGAGGGCACGCCCGGGAUCCCCUAGAAGAAGAGUUUCCAUAUCUCUUCAUCGGUCCAUCCACAUAUACGGGCUCAUCCUCCCAAGAACCAUGCGACAUGGUUGAAGAGGAUGACUCCGUCCCAAUCUUCGAAGAACCAGACAGCGCCAUGGACAGUCCCGGACCAGUAGACAUCCCCACAGGGGAACAGCCUGACGAAUGUCCGACUGUCAGCGAGUCACCAGGCGCAGCAGACUUCGACAUUUACGAAACAGCGUACCACACGGAACUCGAACGAAUCAAACACCGCAGCAACACCGUACCAACGGUAUACCUGACACGACGGAUCAAGGACGGGGAGGCGCUGAUGAAGUUCGUCAAAGAUAAAUCUCUGGAUCUGCAGAUCGGACAGAAGAUGGCGUACCCUUCCUCACUUAGUACUCCCUCUACGUUUAGUGCUGCGGCAAAUGCGUUCAGGAAUCAGAUUUCUCAGAAGAGGCAGUCUUCCCAGCCACAGCCUGACUCUCCAGAGGGAGGUGGCCCAGCUCGUCAUGAAGACGAACAACAGCAUCACCCGCCUUCGGCAUCGCUUUCGUCAUCCUCUCUUCCUGAUCCAGAGGCAUCUUCUUUCGAAGCGACGGGUACGUCUGCCACUGAGGCUCAGCCGGGAGGUGAGAGUUCCACUGCGCAGCUGAGACGGCUUCUUGGACGGGCGAGGGAUAACUCUGGUGAUAAAUGA